GUCCUCUUCCCCCAGCCUGCCAGGGCAGAGUCCCGUUGUGGAAGGAAGCGGCUGCCUGGCUGGAUCGCUGUCUCCUGGGCAGGACCCGCUCCGCCCCCGGCUCUCGGCGGCGCCGCUUGCCAAUGCCACGCAGCACACCGCUGUGUGUGAACGCGUGUGCGUGGCGGCCGGAGUCAGCUGCUCUUUGAUGUCAGUGCUGCGGCGCUGAGCGCCCCGGGAGGGGGCGGGAGACCAGCCCCGGCCGCCGCUCCUCCCGGGCAGCCAGCGCUGCGGCGGCGGCAGUGAAUGCGGGGCCGAUCCAGCUGCGGGCGCAGGGGAGCGGCGCUGGAGGCUGACGCGGCGCCCGCCGCUAGGGGCUGCAGGCUCGGCUGCCCCCGCAGCUCUCUCCGGAGCCGGGACCGGAGCAGCCAAGUUCAUGUCCGCAGUCGCCAGACCCGUGCAGCGCCCGGAACAUCGGCUCCAGCCGCCCAGCCCGGCGGCCCGCUGAAGUCCCCCGGGGCCGGCUCCCUGCCAACUUGCACAAGAGACCCUGCCCCGCCUGCCGCCGGCCCCUUCCCUCUCCCACGCCCCGGGGCCCGCAGAGAGAUGCCGGGGAGCGGGCAGGCGUCCAGGCAAGGCGAGGAAUCCGGCUGAGGUUCGCCUCGUGGCUCCCCUUCUAGAUGCCAGAUGGCCUCGGAAAACUCCCUGUCCCAGUGCCCAAGGAACUGCUCCGCCUGGGCUCCCAGGAACGGGUCCGUGGCAGAAAGGGCAGCCCCCUACACCAAUGUGAUCAUGCCUAGCCUGUUCGGCAUCAUCUGUUUCCUGGGCAUUGUCGGGAAUCUCAUCGUCAUCUACACCAUUGUCAAGAAGAAGAAGCUGAGGUGCAAGCAGACCGUGCCCGACAUCUUCAUUUUCAACCUCUCCAUCGUGGAUCUCCUCUUCCUGCUGGGCAUGCCUUUCCUCAUCCACCAGCUCCUUGGUAACGGCGCCUGGUAUUUCGGGGCUCCUUUGUGCACCAUCAUCACCGCCUUGGACACUAACAGCCAGAUCACCAGCACCAACAUCCUGACAGUGAUGACCCUCGACCGUUACCUGGCAACCGUCUACCCUCUGAAAUCCACCUAUGUCCGGACACCAUGUGUAGCAGCCUCAGUAAUCUGCUUGGUGUGGCUUCUUUCCUUUCUGACCAUCAUUCCCGUGUGGAUGUAUGCAGGCCUGAUGCCUCUGGAGGAUGGGACUGUCCGCUGUGCUCUCUUGCUUCCCAACCCCGAGACUGAUGUCUACUGGUUCACGCUCUACCAGUUCAUGCUGGCCUUUGCUAUCCCACUGAUUGUCAUCUGUGUUGUUUAUUUUAAGAUCCUCCAGCACAUGGCUACCACUGUGGUCCCCCUUCCCCAGAGGAGCCUCCAGGUACGUACCAAGAAAGUCACCCGCAUGGCAGUUGCCAUCUGCUCUGCCUUUUUCAUUUGCUGGGCCCCCUUCUACAUCCUCCAGCUGGUGCAUCUCGGCAUUGACACGCCUUCUGUUGCCUUCUUCUAUGCCUAUAACUUCGCCAUUAGCUUGGGCUAUGCCAACAGCUGCCUCAACCCCUUCCUCUACAUUGCCCUGAGUGAGACCUUCAAGCGCCAGUUCAUGGUGGCCAUCCGUCCUGCCAAGGAGCAGUUCCGCAACAAUAGUUCCAUCAACAACAACAGCGCAACAGAGGCCAGUGUGUGCCUAAAGCUUGCACCAGAAUCCACUCAGCAGACUCAAUUUCUGGAGGACUUUUCCCCACACUCGCUGCCUGUGACUGUCGCUGUUCACUAGGGACUCUAUGGUUACGCCAAAAGAUGGCUUUGGGGGUCUUUUCUGGGAAUGACACAAAGUAAGUAGGGCUGUGUAUAAGAAGUAGCUUUUGACUGCUCUCAGUGAAGCACAUGGACUACAGGCUUCCGCUUUGGAGACUCACAGUUGAGUCCUCUCUCAUUACAGGGCUCUGCAUUCAAUCUACCCCUGAUCUAAAAGCUUCUGCAUACUGGUUCCUUGGUCCACUGAGGAAGGACUUGGGAAUUCCUUUUAAUUUCACACAGAACAAUGGGCUCCUCUUGGAGGGAAAAGGGAAAGAGAGGGAGACAUGAAGAGAGAGACGUCUUCGGAAGGUAUUUUGUUGGCACUGUACGCCAUGCCAGCCUUUAGCAAAAGGAUCUCAAUUGGGUCCUUACCGUUUGACCAUUGUUUCUGGGAAAGAAGCUGAUAUGGACCCUCUUGCUUUAAGACUUGAACUUUUUAAAAAGACUAUUUAAAAAAAGGGGGAGAGGGCUAGAAAACUGAGCUUACCGAGGCCUAUGCUUAAAUUCCAGAAGCAAAAAGACAAGGAACUGCUCAGCAAAGCAGCCUUCAAAGUGCCUGAGGAACAAACCCACAAGCAUUAGUGAGGGAACUCCUGCCUUGCCAAGAUCCUCUGGACUUUUUGGUGAAGUCCCAACCUGCCUCCAGUGAGCUAUGCUGCUUGGCCGACCUAUGAAUAUUCAGGAACUGGAUUCUGGGGCCUUGACAAGCUGUCUCUAUAUAUUUGCAAGCAAAAUCAGGCCCUCUGGAAGAUAGUGAUUGUACGCUUCAAGGGAUUUCACGCAGUUGAGCAAAGCUGCUGCUCCUAACACCUGAUCUGUAGAUAGUCAUCCGGUUGAGCCGGCUUCCCUCAUGCUGCUCCUUCAGUUUCCCUCUGUGCCCAUCAGUCUGCAUGUUCAUUAAGGAAUAUCACACAGGUGGCUUUUUAAAGAUUCCUCCAAACAAGCCAGCGUGCACAAAGGCAGAUGUGUGUAGAGGAAGAGAAUGGGAGAAGGUCGCUCUGAGAAAAUGCAGCUGCUUAAGGGACUUCCAGAGGAUAAUGAUAAUAUUACCAAU